AUGCUCAAAAACCUGGUGCUGUCACUGACUUUUUGCCUAUUCGCUCCAGCAUUCGGGAUACGUGGCUGCGUCGAACUGAAGGGUCAGCUAUCCUGCGCGAAGGAUCCCAAGCAGCAUCAUCACGUUGAGGUGGUCCUUUGGGACUCGGAUACCUUCCUGGGAAUCGAUGAGCUGAGUGCCGACGAGGUGAUGGGACUCACCUACACCAACGAGAAAGGCGAGUUCGUGAUCUACGGCUGCGCGUCGGACCCGGAUUUUAUGGGCCAUAACCGGCCGGAUCCCUAUUUGACGAUCCGCCACUUCUGCAACACGGGGCGCGGCGAAACGCUGACCGUGUUUCCGGACUACGUGUCCGGCAAAGAGUUCCAACGCGUGAUCCAUCUGGAGUCGAACGAGGUCCGAAUCAGUGGCCGUUUCGCCCGCGCACUCAGGCAUCGCAAUCAGAAACAUGUUGAAUUGAAUCAAUCC